UUUCAGCAGCAGCUCCGCAAUUUACAGCAGGGACGCACACCACUGUGAUUGGCUGUGAGCUUUAAGUGCAAGAGGUCACCUUGUGAAAAUAUAAAGCAGGUCUGAUAUGAGUAGGUGAGCAUUGACACUUUUUAUCUGAACUGCUCGGACCCAGAUUCUGCCCCAACAUGAGACUUGUGGCUCUGGCUCUGGCUGUGGUGUGCGGGCUCAUUGUGGCUCAGGAGGGACGAAGUGUGGACACAGCUCUGACGGGAUUUGACUCUUCACAGAGGACACGCACAACAGGGUCCGUCCUCUCGGCCCUCCGGAGGUCUGCAGGAGACUUUCUGACGGAAGAUGGCGCCCCGUGUAUGUCCCUCAGAGAGAACGAGGACCAGCGGCAGCUCCUGUGCAACGACCGCCGCAGCAAAUUCAACAUCAACGCGUUCGGGCUCCGCUUCGGGAAACGGUACAACGGCUACAUCUACAGGAGAGCCGUGAAAAGAGCCAGGAGAAAUAAACUCUCACCUUUUCUUCUAUUCUCGCGAGAAGUGGAGGUGCCUACCUGAAACAGAUGUGAGUUAUCCUCUGAGGACUUGUGUCCCAUUGGUGGAAUUCCAACAUGUGACAAGAGUCUUUCCGCUUGUAUGUGAAAAUUGCAUUUUUCUUGAGAUAAAAAGAUGUGUUUCUGUGAAUACAACUUUUUUACCUACCUUAACUGUGAAAUUAUUUCUAAGAAUCUGCGCUGUCUAAAUAAAAAGG